CCGGGCGGCAGUUGGGCACACUCUUCUCUGAGUGAAAGAAGGUGCUGAAAGUAGAAGGCGCCGCGGGCACGGACACCCCGAUCGGCGCGGAGUCAGGCAGCAGAGCCCGGGAGCACCUAGGAGAGCCGCUAAAAUAUACUCCAUCCACCAGGAAAGAUGACCCCGGCUCUUACAGAUACAGCAACACAAGAACCUGGAGUUCGUUUCUCCCCUUCUCUUGGAAUAAAGAGCUUGAGCGCCGAUCUCAAUGUGUAUGGGGAUAAUUCCAAGACCAGUUCCAAAGACAGCAACUCUAGCCUAGCAUAUUGUGAAUCUGCCCUGUGCCUUCAGGAAGACUUUGCCGGCCUGCAGCAAGAUGGAUCACUUUCUUCUGGACAUUACCAAACGGUCUUUGUAUUGACCAGCUCGGAUAUGAUUGUACAGGAUAAUAGUAGCUUUCCAUCAAAGACAGAGCAAGAUGCUUACAGUCAGAGGUUCCUUGUACAGCACGAUGCUCGCCCGUUGCUUACUGAAAGAAAAGUGAAGAGAGAACUUUUCCCAGGUACCGUCAGCAAAGUGCUAGCAGAUGUCAACAAGCUAUGGGAUAUAUCUGUGAUGGAAGAUGAAGGGGUACAUAGAUUGAAUGGACGAAUAGAUGGGGAAAGCCUUGCCAUCCCGUUUCCUACUAAUUCUGCUUUACCGGACUUUAGGUGCAUUUCACCUACGAGAGAAAAACUGCAAAACGCUGUGGAUAAGGAAACGGAGGCAAAGUUAUUACAUCUGAAAUGUCUAAAUCGGCAGCAGGAGCUCCUAGGUCGUGCUCAGAGGGCCAGGAAGCGCUUACAGGUGCUAUUGGCGAAAUAUGCAGUGGACCAUUGUAGCCAACAGAUAGGUGGCUUAGUGAAACGCAAUAUGGAACAGUUCAAUGUACCCGGUAGCUCCGCCGGUAAGUCAGGUCCUGGAGUACACUCAGAUCCAGAUCCGGUAGCAAGAUGGACCCGAAGUGCAUGCGUUGACUAUAAACAUGGGGCCAGCUGGGUGUCUCCCACUGCUGCCAGGAGGUUUUCUGUGCCAACCACUGGGAUUAUAGGCAGUAUUCAGCAGGCGUUGGACUCGGACGUUACAGAAAGCAGCUCUGAUGAGGACUGGGAUGAAAAACCUAAAUUUGCUCAUGACUGUAAUGCUGAAUGGAACUGGCUUUCGGGAAGAGCAGAUGUUGGGAGUCGUUGGACCUGGCUCCAGUCUCAGAUUGCAGAGUUGGAAUACAAAAUUCAUCACCUGGUGGAUCUACAUAGUCAGCUACGAAGCAAGAAGGGAACGCUGGUGUUUCAGGAAUGUUCAAAUUGCAUUCUCGGGGAAGAGACACAUCUGCCAUAUCCAGGCACUUCAUUACAGCCCGCAGAGACCCUGGAAACCCCCUCAGAGGAAACAAAUCUGCCUCCGGCAAUGGAUUUAGAAAUGUCUCCAAGCAGCCCGACCUUGCUCCUGAGAAACAUAGAGAAGCAGAGUGCUCAACUGACUGAAAUGGUCAGCAGUCUUAUUGCAGCGAUCCCCAUGACUCUGUCUCCUACCAAUCCCGUUAAACCCUUUGCAAAUGGAAAGAUGACGGCAAAAGGUCCUCCUGGAACAUCAAAGCUACAAAAGGCAUGCGCUCCCACCAGGAAUGGAUUCUGCAAGCAGCAGCCAGUAAAAAGAAGGAAGCGGAUCCGUGUCAGAGCCUCCUCCAAUUUUGGGAGCAGUUCAGCCCGCACCAGACCCCUGCUGCUCUUUCACAAGCGGAACCUAUAUAGAAUGUUUCCGGACCACACGCCUUUACAUUUGACGUUGCACUCUCACCAAGCACUACAUGGAAGUAAUGAGUCAUGGCAAACCUCAGACUACAGCUCUACCUGGAUCAGUUGUGACAAGCCUCAAAAAUCUGUGCUGGUAAACAGAGAUGUCUGUGAGAUAGAGCCAAACUUCCACCCCAUCUUGUCACUACCUGCUGACCUUCCAUUACAUCUGCACCUUGAGGGUUUGCUGACGACGUGCAAGACUGACAUUAGGGAUUCACUAAAUAGCAGAUUUUUCAACUAUGAUGACGAUGAAAAUCUCUCUCAUGUACCAGCCAGAUGGAGCAAGAGUUGUACCUCAAGCCCUGGGCCACAACUUGUACUUGAAACGCACAACCAAGAAAGACAAGGUGGAGGCAUGGCUGAAGCCGAUGCUCAGCCCAGCCAUGAUCUCACGGGGACCCACACUUCUCAUAAAACCUCUGUACAGUUAGAGGCACGGGACCCCGGCAUUGUGCUAAGUGCAGCAAGGCGAAGAUUGAGGAGUGAAAGCUCUACGACAUUGACAACAUAG